CGAGGCUAGCUGCCUGUAGCCUGUUAGCGGGGAGUGUGUCCGGGUUAGAGCCGCCGACUCCCCGCUGCUCAGCGGACUGAGAGCCCUGCUGCUGCUUCACGGAGCUGUGAGGAGAGCGGGCUGGGCGAGCAGUACUACAGAGAUGCAUUGGAGCAGUGCCAUAACUAUAACGCCCGCCUGUGUGCAGAGAGGAGUGUGAGGAUGCCCUUUCUCGACUCUCAGACUGGCGUCGCCCAGAGCAACUGCUACAUCUGGAUGGAGAAGAGGCACAGAGGACCAGGUGUGGCCCCAGGACAGUUGUACACGUAUCCAGCUCGACGCUGGAGAAAGAAAAAAAGAUGUCAUCCUCCUGAAGACCCUCGACUGGCUUUCCCAUCUGUUAAAACAGAGUUGGAUAUGAAUCUGAAGAAAGACUUGCUGGCCACCAGUGAAGGUAGCAGCCUAGAAGCUCUUCUAAGAGGAGAACCGCUGGAGAAAAAAUCAGCAGUGGACAUUCGCCCCACUGAAGAUGAGCCGCACACAGAGUACUCUAGUGGAGGCCUCAAUCCUGCUACCAGAGUUAGAAAGAGAAUUCUGGAACCAGAUGACUUUCUGGAUGACCUGGAUGAUGAAGACUAUGAAGAAGAUACCCAGAAGAGACGUGGUAAAGGCAAGGGCAAGGGACGGGGUGUCAGCAGCGCUCGGAAGAAGCUGGAGGCAGCGGCUGCUUUGGAGGAUCGAGACAAGCCGUACGCCUGUGACAACACUUUCAAACAAAAGCAUAUUUCAAAACCUUCUGAACGAGUCUGCGGGAAGCGCUACAAGAACCGACCGGGACUCAGCUACCAUUAUGCCCACUCUCACUUGGCUGAGGAGGAAGGUGAAGAUAAAGAGGAGCCAGAGCUUCAUCCUCAGACUCCGCCCCCACCAGAGGAGCCUAAGACUCCCAGAAAGGGUCCAGAUGGAUUGGCCCUGCCCAACAACUACUGUGAUUUCUGUUUGGGAGAUUCCAAUAUGAAUCAGAAAACCGGCCAAUCAGAAGAGCUGGUGUCCUGCUCAGAUUGUGGCCGUUCAGGUCAUCCUUCGUGCCUGCAGUUCACUCCAGUGAUGAUGGCGGCUGUAAAAACGUACCGCUGGCAGUGCAUCGAGUGCAAGUGCUGCAACAUGUGCGGCACGUCGGAGAAUGAUGACCAGCUUCUGUUCUGUGAUGACUGCGACAGAGGAUAUCACAUGUACUGCCUCAACCCACCCAUGUCUGAACCCCCUGAAGGAAGCUGGAGUUGCCAUUUGUGUUUGGACCUGCUAAAAGAGAAGGCAUCCAUAUACCAGAACCAGAAUGCUCCCCCGUCGUGAUGGUCCCUACUGGAAACACAGACCCUCUGUUCUUGGUUCCCAGCUUUUAAAGUGGCCACUCAGUGAGUGAAGGAAGGGAGUUGAACUAGAGGUGCUGGGGACCAGAAAAGGGAAGCAUAUUAACCUAGCCACAUACUGAUGGAGAGAGGGCGGGAGGAACGGAAAGAGGGGGAGGAAAGAGGGGAAAUCUCAGUCCUUCCUCUCUCCAGUACUUUCCUCUUACCUCUUGACAGGUUUGAUCCCAAUAUGACUGUUACACAGUUUCAAGUUUCAGACUACCCUCUGCUUUUUGUUUUCAACUAUUAAACUUAAAAAUCAACAAUUAAUAACAAUUAAAUAAAUAAACACAUCUAGCUCAGACUAACAAAGCAGCUCUGCAUAUUACGCUUCCGUCAAAGCAAACCACGGUUGAGGAAACCAAUUAUGAGAAUAUAUGACUCUGUUUUUGAGUUCCUGCUCAUAGUAGACCUACCUACCAUCCAGUUAGUCAGCAAUAAACAACAACAGAAUAGCUUAAUAUUCGCCAAAAUCCUCAUUAGCUUACACAACGUAUCCGGACUACUCUUCAUAACAGUGCUGUGCUUCUAGCAAACUCUAAUAGUUGAAAGCAAUCAGCAUGCCAAUGCUUGUUCAUAAUAAGAGAAAUGGUAGCGUGUUUUCUUUUUUUUGUAUAUUUAUAUAUUUGUAUAGCGUAUAAAGGUGUGAUGUAUUUAAAAUAUGGGAGGCUGGAAGUGGCUGGUUAUUAUUUUAGCGAUAUCGAGGCGAAGCGAUAUCUCUUCAUGUGAGGUGUGUUGCAUCUUUCACAAAUGCCAUCAAAGCAUGUCUGAAGUUGUGUGUGCUCCACCACCUUCAAAUGUUCCAUAGUGACCCAUUCUUUCUAGUUUAAGGGUUAAAUAUUAUUUUAAGAAUUUAUCCAAGAGUGGUUGUGAAUGAUGAUGAAUUUAUUGAGGGUGGUCUUUCUUGUUUUGUUUGUUUUAUUUUGUUUAGGUCACUGUAUCAAAUUCCUUAAUUUAGCUAACCCACUCCUGCCCAAAAUUGCUUAGCCAAAUCCCACACAAUCCUCAGCUAAAGUUAUGGGUUUUUUAAGCAUACAGCUCUGGAAAAAUAUAAAGAGACCACUUCAGUUUCUGAAACAGUUUCUCUGAUUUUGCUAUAUAUAGGUAUGUUUGAGUAAAAUAAACAUUGUUGUUUUAUUCUAUAAACUAAAGACAACAUUUCUCCCAAAUUCCCAAUAAAAAUAUUGUCAUGCAGAGCAUUUAUUUGCAAAAAAGAAACAAAAAAGAUGCAAAGCUUUCAGACCUCAAAUAAUGCAAAGAAAACAAGUUCAUAUUCAUAAAGUUCAUAUUAAUCACAGUUUUAAUUCAUCUUGGCAUGUUUUCCUCCACCAGUCUUACACACUGCUUUUGGAUAACUUUAUGCCACUCUUGGUGCAAAAAAAAAAAAAAAAAAGAAACUUAAGUGGUUUCUUAUUUAUUUUUUCCCGGAGCUGCACUUUGCCUAAUCUCCUUCUGUUGCACCUGUAGCAGUUUUUUCAAUUUCCAUAGGCAAAUAUUUCUUCCUACUGAUGCAAACCUGGGGGCCGAUGCCGUUGUGUUAUUGUGUUUGUGUUCUUUUGUAGUAAAGGCCAAUUGACCGUAAUCAUCCAGAUGCUACAGAUGCAGCAGAUGGAGAUCAGAAUUAGUAAGGGUUGUUAUUGAGUAUCAAAAAGUAAAAAUAAAAAAAAGAGUAGUUUUUAAGGUUGUGAUUAGUGGUGUUUAGACUGUUGUUUCAGUCUCAUUCAAAGCUGUAGGGUAGGAUUCUAACAUUGAAACAGCAUUAAUAUAUAAAUAUAUUGUAAGUCAACAGCAAUCAUGUGAUUAAAGAAGUCACCUGGAAUUCUUGACCACAGCUGGCUGGCUUUGGUCUGGUCAGUUCUGGAGAAAUUAGGUGAUUUUGGAAUCUGGUGAACAGUACAUGUACUGUGUACACCCAUAAUGUAGAGGUGCUUUUAUGUUCACUUGUACAGAACAAUGAUAUGGCCUGUUAAUGGUAUACCUGUUGAUUUUAGGUUUUGAUGGUAUGAGAUUUACCUAUGAUAAAUCAAACUGCUUGAUACUUGAUGAGGGGUUCCUUUUCCCAGUGGGAGUUUUAUGUCCCCAUUGAAUUACAAUAAUUAUUAUUGUUACUUUAAAUCAGAUCUCAAAUAUGUGAAUUUAAUAAUUAUCUAAUUAUAUUAUCUAUUUUAUUUGAUGUACCAAUUAAUUCAUUGCAGAAAUUAAUUCUUUUAGACCCUGUUUUCACCUGGUCACUUCCUGUAACCUGUAUCUAGAUUGCAUUCUACAUUCUGCAGCAUGCAUUUACACCUGGUCUUCAAAUUCAAAUCGGACCAGAAUCCGAUUGCUAUGGAUUUUUAUUUUAAAUGUGUUUUAGGUAUGUUAACACUUUGAUUUUUAUGUAGCUUAGCCCUAUGCAGCUUUAGUUCUUGGCACAGUUGCAUAAAACACCUUAAGUAAGAGAUUAAGAUUGUCCUCAAAUGUCCCUUAAAGCUUUUUCCCUGAAUUACACUUAGCUUUGUGUAUUACCAAGGGGGCUUUCUUAAGGGUAGUCUUCAUAAACCCUUAAAUGUUCCCUCAAGUAAUCUCUUAAAAACAUAUUGCAUGCAGUUCCUUAAUAGUUUGUUCAUUUUUAAGUUUUUAGUUUUAGUUUUUAAGAAAACAACCUCACCUUAGUCCUUAGGUUUGUAGAUAUUCGAGACAUAGAAAAUACUGUAGACCCUAAAUCCUGAAAGUUUAUUUCCUGUAAUAAUCAGCAAUACUCAGUGGAGAAGCACAAGUGUGAAGCCCUGUGUGUUUAUAAUCUUCUACAUCUUUGAAAAUCAUGUGUAUUCAAAGCUUUCAAACAGUGGUGUUCAGUAAAUGUUUUUUGAUAAAUUGGUUGAGGAAUAGUUAUCGUUAUAGUUAUGGUUACAGUAGAACUUUACUGCAGCAAAACCUCAGUCACUGCAGUACAUUUUUUGGGGGAUAAGAAAAUCUAAAGAAUUAUUCUUCCCAGGUUCCUGGACAGAAGCUAGUUGUAGACUAUUUACCUUUUUAAUAGAAAAUCUCCAUUCAAAAUUAUACAGCUCUGGAAAAAAUUAAGAGAUCACAUCAGUUUCUGUAUUAAUUUCUCAGAUUUUGCUAUUUAUAGGUAUAUGUUUGAGUAAACGAACGUUGUUAAUUUAAUCUAUAAACUACAGACAACAUUUCUCCCAAAUUCCAAAUAAACAUAGUCAUAGUCAUUUAGAGCAUUUAUUUGCAGAAAAUGAGAAAUGGCUGAAAUUCAUAUUCAUAAUGUUUUAAGAGUUCAGAAAUCAAUAUUUGGUGCAAUAACCCUGAUUUUUUAAUCACAGUUUUUAUGCUAAUUUGCAUGUUCUCCUCCACCAGUCUUAAACACUGCUUUUGGAUAACUUUUUAGGCCACUGCUGGUGCAGAGAUUUAAGCAGUUCAGCUUGGUUUGAUGGUUUGUGAUCAUCCAUCUUCCUCUCGAUUAAAUUCCAGAGGUUUUCAAUUUGGUAAAAUUGAAAGAAACUCAUAAUUUUUAAUGGUCUCUUAUUUUCUUUCAGAGCUGUAUGUAAUAGAGAUGGGUCCGAUUCUCCAUUAUAUAGCUUGCGGUCUGCAGUUUGCACUGGACCAUAAACCUGCCGUAACGUUAGCACGAGACUAAUCACCAAUCGAAACUCUUAUUUCUAUAUCAUACACACCAACAGCUCAAGCCUCAAUUAAUUAGCUGUUACUUUGACUAAAAGUUGUUUGUUUGGAGAAAUUUUAGUGUAGCUGAAGAGCAAUACAGCACACUUUGUAUUGAAUGUCGGACAUCAGAUUGGAUCUAAAAAGCUGUAGAUUGGAGCGUCACUACUGUGUAGCUCAAGGCUAGGCUUAAUCUCUGUCUGUGAAACUUCUCCAGGGUGUUUUAUGCAACCAGGCACUGAGGCUCAAGAUACAUGAAAUGACCAGGUAUAAAGGGGGUCUUAGUCUGUACCUACCUAAUUGCUUGCACAUAAAAGAAUAAACACACACACACACAUACACACACAUAAAAAUGGUGGGAAUUAUGUCUCAGGUUAUGUGGUUAGUCUCUGUCAGCUGCAGUGCUUUAGAAGUUGUUGAGUAACUCAAAUCCUUUCCCAGGCACUGCAUAGCGUUUGUCCUAUAUUAGCACAUAGUAUCUAACUCUCUUUAUCCACACUUAUGCAAAUGCAAUGUUUUUGUUCAGUAUCUAUAAAAAUACUUUAACGUGUAUUGUUUUUGUAAUAUUCCCUUUGUGAUGAAUUCUAAUGAGUAGAUGUAUUUUGUUUAAGGCUUAGCAUACUCUAAAAUGAAUUUUAGAUUAACACUGUAAGAAGCAUCUUAUAUGGUUCAGGCAAGACUAGGGGAGAUAAUUAGGGGUGGGCAAUAUGACAAAAGUACAGUAUAAUGAAAUUUAGCGACAUGUUAAUGAAACGCAUUUUUUUUGUGAUACAUUGACACUCAAACUAAAAUUUAUCAGCAGUGGCAGGUUAUUAAAAGAUGCUAUUUAAAUACUCUUCCAUAUUUAGUAAAGUGAUUUUCAGUCAUUUUGUUUUCUUUGGUGUCCAGUUAAACAGGACUAACUAAACUCUUAUGUAAUGAAAUGUGAGCAUUUUUUAAUGUACUGCUGAUAUAUCCAUUAAGUGCUGAUAAAAAUGAGUGUCAUUUAUAUAAUCAGUUUUAUGCCACUGAUGUGGUGAUAAUAUAACAUUGCAAUUAGACCCUUUUAUUUAAUAAUAUUUUGGGAGAUGUAUAUUUUUCUUUUACCUGCAUAUUGCUCACCUCUAGUAUGAUAUUAAAGCAAGGAAUUUCCAGCACAGUAAAGCCAAUACCACGCGUCAGAGUCUGAGCAUUAGUGGACUAGCCUCACUGUGUCGUCUGCAAUAAAUCAGAACUUUGUUUCAACCCCGGAAUGAUUGACUAAGUGGUUUAAAAUCACAGUGGCCCAAUUUCUUAGCUUUCUAAAAUGAAAACCUGUACAUCACACCCCUCUACGGUUAGGUUGUGGUACUUUUAACUUGAUAAAUACUUUGUAAAGCAGCAAUACUGCAAGUAUUGCUUAUAGCACCUGUCACUUUGACCGUAUCCUAGUGUCAUUUUACACUCAUAGCCGUGUAACCAUAUGCAUGUUUACCAGGUUAUCACCAUUUAUACAGACAAGUACACUUACCUUUACGCUCGCCUCUUAUUGCACUCACAUACUGGCACAGACACGUUUUUAUUUGGGAGGGGGAAAGUUUUGUAGUAUUAUUUAGCUGAGAUUAUGAUAUCAGUAGCCAACUAAUCAUUAUUAACACAGUAAAUCAAGUUUUUUUUUGUAAAACUUUUGUUUCUAGAACAGUGGCCAUUCAGAUAUUCAUUUUUGCAUAUUUUGUCAGUUUUGUUUGCUGGGUUGUUGUAAGACAUUUUAGGGUAUUAUUUUGAUUUUGAUUCAUGAUGGAAUGUGUUUUUUUUUUUUGUUUUAUUUUUUUUUUUGCUUUAUUGUACAAGUUCUUUUUUGUUUUUUCCAAGGAAAAUAAAACUAUUUGGCACGGAGUGUUAUAUUUA